CUGGAUCAACAGUCGGGUGUGGCCCGACUCGGAGUGGCACAGGCGACCUCAGUGGCCUGUCCCAAGGCCUGUCCUGUACGAUGCCCAUCUCCACGCUGCGUUCCUUCGCGAGCCCCGCUCAAGCCCUGGUGUUGGUACUUCAUCGCCCUGAAUGUUAUUGAACACCGCUCUCGCUGCCCUUGCGACGCUGACCAACGCUCGUCACGCCCGGCCACCGAAUCACUCACCCCCGGGGACUGAUUUACCAUCCACGAACGAUGCGCGAUUGGGACUCUUGGAUAACAUUCGAGCGCAGUUCGGAGUCAUGACGGUUCAACAGACAAUUGUCUCCCCAAGGGCCAUGUCGAUCGACCCGUUCGCGCACCAUGAAACGAGCAAGCUCCCACCCGCCCAGAGCCCUGUAGCAUUGGGUCGUUUGUCGCCGCGAUGCUGGUCCCUCCAUAGCUACUCCGGAUCCAGGACCAUUCUCUCCCAUCGUUGUGUACACCUCUCCCUCUCCGUCGCCGUGACCGCAGCCAGCCUCGAGCCGUCCCACCGGAUCCGCCCCACGCGGCCUGGCGACGCAGUACUCGAGGAGAAAACUCAGAGACGCGCCUUAAGCCCACAGGCCGCAUUGCCAUCGGAUGGCGACGCCGGGCCCGAGGACGCCUUGGAGCUCGAUGCGACCUCUUCAGCGAGCGCCGCCCAUGCUAUACCGCCCAAU